GCAGUGCGGCGGGCGGCGCGGCGCUGCGGGCUGCGAGAAGCGGGAGCAGACGAGGAGUGGACGGUGUAUUGGACGGACUCCUCGGUGUCCCUGGAGCGCCUCAUGGACAUGAAGAGGUUCCAGAAAAUCAACCAUUUUCCAGGCAUGAUUGAGAUCUGCCGUAAGGACUUGUUGGCCCGCAACCUCAACCGCAUGCUCCGGCUCUUCCCCAAGGAUUACAACAUAUUUCCUCGCACUUGGUGCCUGCCUGCGGACUAUGGAGAUUUCCAGGCCUACCGGCGCACCAGGAGAUCCAGAACGUUCAUCUGCAAACCAGACAGUGGCUGCCAGGGGAAGGGGAUCUUCAUCACGCGGAACGCAGAGGAGAUCCGUCACGGGGAGCACAUGAUCUGCCAGCAGUACAUCUCCAAGCCUUUCCUCAUCGAUGGCUUUAAGUUUGACAUGCGUAUCUAUGUGCUGGUCACGUCCUGUGACCCGCUGAGGAUUUUUGUCUACAAGGAGGGCCUGGCCCGCUUUGCCACCAUGAGGUACAUCGAUCCCAGCAGCAGAAACCUGGGUGACAUCUGCAUGCACUUGACCAAUUAUGCUAUCAACAAACACAACAAAAACUUCGUCCAGGAUGACACGAUGGGCAGUAAGAGGAAACUGUCCACCCUGAAUGCCUGGAUGGUAGAUCACAGCUACAACACAACAAAACUCUGGGAAGAUAUUGAAGACAUUAUUAUAAAGACUCUUAUUUCAGCUUACCCUGUGGUGAAGCACAAUUACCAAAGCUGCUUCCCCAGCCACACUGGAUGCUGCGCCUGCUUUGAGAUUCUGGGCUUUGAUAUUUUGCUGGACAGAAAGCUGAAGCCAUGGCUGCUGGAGGUGAACCACUCUCCCAGCUUCACCACGGACUCUCGCCUAGACCGGGAGGUGAAGGACGCCCUCUUGUGUGACACCAUCAACCUGAUCAACGUGCAUGGCUGUGACAAGCGGAAGGUGCUGGAGGAGGACAGACAGCGGGUAAAGGAGCGGCUCCUGCAGGGCCACCAGGCUCUCCGUGCUUCCAGGCGUGAGGAGCUGGGGGGCAGCCAGCCCCCCUGGCUCUCCCAGGCCGAGAGCUACGAGGACACGCACCUGGGCGGCUUCCGCCGCAUCUACCCGGCAGGGGGCACCGAGCGGUACGAGCCGUUCUUCAAGCAGAGCAGGUCCCUCUUCAGGGACACGGCGACAUCCAGGGCUCGGGAGGAGUGUGCCAGGCAGCAACUGGAGGAAAUUCGCCUGAAAAAAGAGAAGUGGGAUGCUAUUACCAGGAAGAACAAAACGGUGAGGAAAGAAGAUCUGCAUGGAGAGUCAGCUGGAAGCAAAUCCCAGAUCUGCAAUAAAGCCACAGCUCCUCCACGCCGCCUCACCUACGGAAGCACCAGGUUGUGGGAUAGAAAGCCACAGCCCGUGCAGUACGACUCCAUGCAGCCCCGGGAUAUCGUGGAAGACGAGGAGAGGAGGAGAGUAAAAGCUCUUGUGCGGCGCGAGAACCUGAUCCGAGGCCUGGGCGUCAUUGAUCAGCUCUCCCGGCUGCUCCCCACAGCCAACAGACCAUCCGGCACCUGGAGCACUGGCAUCUCCAAGAUCCAGCCGCAGUUCCUCUGGGAUGCACUUGAGGGCCAGGACACCCGCAGCUUCAUGAUGCUCAUCCCGCUCUCGCUCCAGGGCUCUCCAGCCCAGCCCUCGGGACGGCGGCUCCGGCACAACCCCCGAGCCCGCUCCCAGCUGCCGGCCGGCCCGGGCGCGCACCCGGCCAGCAGCGGCGUCCUCUCCGUGCAAGGCCGGAGCAUCCCGCCCCGCGAGCAGCGCAGGGCACGGCGGGGGCUGUGGGCGCAGGACACGAGCUGGCUGCAGGGCCAGGCAGCGGGGACAGCAGCAGGUCCCCUGCCCUGCACCGGAGCCCCGGGGCUGCGGGCGAAGGGCCGGUGGGUCCCCGGCGCCAGCACCAGGGCCGAAGGCUGUGAGUCCGUGAUACCUUCCCUUGGCUGCCAGUGUCUGCGCCACGGAGACUCAUCUGCCUGUGCUCUUCCAAGUGAAGUUGGCAGGCUGUCCUUCCCCGCCAACAGCGGUCACCCGGGGUCCCCAGCCAGCACGGGGAAGACCACAGGUGAUGUCACCCUCAGCAGUGCUGCAGGGCAGGAGCUGCCCCUGGCCUCGCACCGCGCCGGCACCUCGCACUGCGGCGUGACAAGCACAGAGCCGGGGCUGCGGGACGGGGAGGCUCGACAGUCCAUCUCCCUUGCCGCCCUGCCCGCACCCCCCUUGCACCUCGACCCCUCCCACCUGCCCGGGACUCCGGGGCGGCCGUACCGGGCCUCCCGCCGCCCUCCCCGCGCCACCCCCGCUGGGGCCGCCCCGCCCGGCCCCGCCCGGUUCCCGGCCAUGGCGGCCGUGCUGCGGCGCGGGCUGCGGGCGGCCGCGCUCCUCGCCGGGGCUCCGCGGCGGGCGGCGGUGACCUGGCCCGGCGACACGGAGCCGCCGGACCCGGCGCUGGAGGAGGCCGUGAGGGCCCGGCGGCGGCGGGCGGCAGCGCGGCGGCAGCGGCUACAGCGAGAGAUGGGCGGGGAGCGCGGGGCCCCCGAGCGCACGCUGACCUGGGCGGCCAUGGAGCAGAUGCGGUUCCUGCGGCAGGAGCUGCCCGAGGAGUGGCCCGUGGAGCGCCUGGCUCAGGGCUUCGGCGUCAGCCCCGAGGUGGUGCGGCGGGUGCUGCGGGCCCGGGGCUGCCCCCCGCCGCGCCGCCGCCAACGGCAGGACGAGCGGGCGAUCGCCAACGCGACGGCAUCGGGACCGGGACCGGCAUCCGGGCCGGCCGCCGGCCGCGAGGUGCGCGCCCCGGACGGCACGCUGCUGUACCGGCUGCCGCGGGGCUGGGGCGGGCCGGGUGUCGACGCGCAAUAAACUGCCGGACCGGGA